GGGGCGUGUCGCGCCGGGGGUCGGCCCCGCCCACCCGCGCAUGCGCAGAGCGGAAAGCGGCGGCAGCGGCCGGACGGGAGCGGCACCGCGGCGGGCGGCCAUGAUGGCGGACGGGCGCCGGCCGGGGGAGUCGGGCGGGAGCGAGGACGGCGCCUUCGAGGAGGAGGAGGAGGAGGAGGAAGAGGAGGAAGAGGAAGAGGAAGAGGAAGAGGAGGAGGAAGAGGAGGAAGAGGGGGCCUCCACCGGCGUCUCGGCGCUGCCGGAGGAGGACGAGGAGUCGGAGGCGACGUCGGUGUCGUCAGGGGAGAGCGGCCCCCCCACGCCCCCCGCCAACGGCUGCGCAGGUUCCCGGCCCCGCGAUCGCCCUUCGUCGUCGUCGGGGGAAGAACCUCGGCCGUUACCGUCGCCGUUACCGGAUGCUGCCGGCGGGGGAGGGGGCGAAGAAGGGGGAGGGGGAAGCCCCGUCGGGGGUGGGGGAGGGGCAAACCGUCGGGUGGGCGUGGGGGGAGGGGCGUCGGAAUGGCACGAGUGCCCCGAGUGCGGGCGGGGCUUCGGGACGUCGCGGGCGCUGAAGGUGCAUCGCAGUUACCACGUGGGGCGGAAAAGACCCCAGGGACCCCCCGGGGGUGGGGGAGGGGCGGGGGGGAGGGGUACACCCGCCCCUCCCCCCCGCCCCUCCCCCUCCCCUUUCCAUUACAUCUGCGCCGAGUGCGGGUUGGGUUUCGGGGCGCCGGCGGCGUUGGGGGCCCAUCGCUGCGAACACGGGAGGCGGCGGCGGCAGCGCAGCCCCCCUCCCCCAUCGCAGGCCGGAGGGGCCGCCCCUCCCCCGCCCCAACGGCGACCUCCUCCUCCCCCUCCCCCGCCCUACCGCUGCACCGAGUGCGCCGGGGCCUUCGGCCUCGUGGCCGACCUGCACGAGCACUACAUGCUGCACGCGCGCGGCGAGCUGUGACGGGUGGGGGGGGGGGGGGUGGGGGAGGGGCUGGGGGGGGAGGGGAGCCUGUGUGGGACCCCUCCCCCACACGCAGAGACACACCCCACCCCCCCAUCCCCCCUCCCCCCCCCGUGGGGAAUAAAGGGCGUGUCGGGCUGC